UUCUCAAAAUCUCAUCUUCUUUCUUUUCAUUCACCCAUCACUUCAAAUUCAAACAAGAAACUCUCCAAUGGCUUCUUCAGACGCAGCAACAGCAACAACCAAGAAAGGUGGAAGAGGCAAAACAAAAACCAAAUCCGUUUCAAGAUCAAGCAAAGCCGGUCUUCAAUUCCCUGUUGGUCGCAUUGCUCGUUUCCUCAAAGCCGGUCGCUAUGCUCAGCGUGUUGGAUCUGGUUCACCAGUUUAUCUCUCUGCAGUUCUUGAAUAUCUUGCCGCAGAGGUUUUGGAACUUGCUGGAAAUGCUGCGAGGGAUAACAAGAAGACGAGGAUUGUGCCGAGGCAUAUUCAACUUGCGGUUAGGAAUGAUGAAGAAUUGAGCAAGUUGAUGGGAUCUGUGACUAUUGCUAAUGGUGGUGUUUUGCCUAACAUUCAUCAGAAUUUGUUGCCUAAGAAAGUUGGAAAAGGGAAAGGGGAGAUUGGAUCUGUUAGUCAGGAGUUUUAGGGUUUUAUUAAGUAAGAUUUAGGGAUUAGUGAUUAUUGCUUAUGAUGUAAUUUUCUGUUUUCUUGUUAUGUUAGUAUUCUAAUUCUGAUGAGAUUAGGAUUUAUGUUGCUUGGUGUAUAGCUCUUAAUUCUGAUUAAUAUAAUUUCAUAUUUUGGUUUAA